AUGACGACACGCGUCCUCGUCCCCGCGGCCGCCUUCGCCGCCGGUGCGUACAGCGAGAACGUCGGCUACAUCGCCCGGGCGCUCGAUUUCGCCCGCUCGCUCGAUCCCAACCUCUCCAAGGGCGUCGACGCUUUGUUCGGCGGCGGUGCGACGCUCAACCCGCUCGCGUCGACGCCCGACGUCUCCGGUGACGUCGCGGUGGCGGCGUCGAAGGCGAGCGCGAUCGCUCGAGAGGGCGUGCGAGACGCGCUGCGGGGGUUGGUCGGCGGCGCCAGGGACGCCGGACGCGCCGCGCUCGGCGGUUCGAUGCGAAAGAGCGGUGCGGGUGUCGAGGGCGAUGUGACGACGGUGAAAACGCCGGUGAUCGGUAUGAAGGGCUUGUUCCUCGUCGGCGCGAUCGCUGGGUUCGCGGUGGUGUACGCGUACGGGCCAGAGCGGUGCGAACGCGCGGCGCGAAGAGUCACACAAAAGGUUCGAAAGGGCGUCGAGGACGCGAAGGCGCGCGCACGCGCGAUCGUGGAGAGAGUUUUUACGCUGGAGACGCGAAACGCGAUCGAGGGCGCGCUCGUGAGCGCCCAUGGGGCGAUCAAACCCGUGUUGAAGUCGAGCGCGGAUAACUUGGUCGCGUUGCUCGAGCAGAGCAAGGGCGCGACGACCGAGGUAGCCGGGAAGAUCUCCAACUUAAUCGUGGACGUUCGCGAAAAGUAUCUCGUCGUCGUUACGGCCAAGGCGAAGGAAUCCUACGGCAUCGUUCUCGACGCCGGCGUCCGCGCUCGAGACGCCGUCGCGCCGACGGUGGACAAGUACCGCCGCAGGGCGAGGGAGUUUCUCGCCGGCGUCUACGAUGUCAUCCGCGCCUCUCUCGGCGCCAAGACUCAAUAA